CCCACGCACACCAUCUUCCACCUGUACUACACUCACGAUAGCCGCACCUGCGCUGCACGCCGGCCUUCCAACUUUAACGUGCUUCACUUCUCAUCGAUCAUCAUCCGCCUUGCCGUAUGGAUGCCAUGUCAUGCCUGGCGCCGCCACCAUCGGCGUCGUUCCUCUCGGCCUCCUCGCCCGGGCCGGCCUACUACACCGACGCCGCCAUCACGCAAGCGCUGCACUUCUCCUCUAUGUCCAUGCCCCAGCACGAGUACGCUUACUCCCCCGCAGUCUCCUCCCCCUCCUCCGCCUCGGGGCCCUCCUCGUCCUCUCUCCUCGCGGACUUCUCAUGCGGCGCCGGGGACAGCAGCUGGUUCGCCUCCACGGCCGCGCCGCCGAUGGGAUCGCUCGCCUGCGACUCCGUCGCGCCGUCCACCCCCGUCCGCGCCACGGCGAACAAGAGGCGGGUCGGCCUUGGGCCCAACGCAGCGGGCGCCGGCCGGGCCGGGAAGCGGCGGGCGAGGCCGUCAAAGCGCGCGCCGACCACGUACAUCAGCACCGACGCCGCCAACUUCCGGCUCAUGGUGCAGCACGUCACGGGCGUCCAGGCCGAGCCCGGUGCGGCAGACGGCAGCGUCCUGCCCGCGUCGUCGUUCGACGCGUCGUCCCCCGCCCUGCUGCUGGAGCUGGACUGCACCGCUUUCGACUGCGCGUUCGGGGACGCGCUGCGGCUGCCGUCGGACGACGACGCGGCGGCGCUCCAUCGCCACCACCAACAGCAGCUGGUGCAGCAACAGCAGCCGUGCUUCCCUACGCUGGACUCGUGGAGCGUCAUGUACGAGAGCAGCCAGCUGAUCUAGACGAUCAAGCUCCACUCCAUUUGCGAGGAAGCCUGCUGCUCAUGCCGGCAAUCGAAACCCUGACUUCGCCUGGACGGCAGAAGAACACAAAGUAGAUAGUUCACCUACACAGACUCAACACCACACAUUAUCUCAGACAAGACUAGCCAGGACUAAUGUAAGCAUACCGCCACGAAUUAGGGACUGUUUGGUUGGUUAGCAAAGUGUACCUUGCCAAUAUUUUGAAAAGAAAGGGGUUCCCCCGCCACAACUUUUAUUAAAAAGCAAAGGCGAAACCAACAUAUCCAGGACAUCUUACAGCGCUCGGCAACAGCCAAAGUUGCUGUCACAGAAGGAGUACAUCACAGGAAGCCUAGCCAAGAGGCUGAUUGACAAAAUAUAGGCAAAUUCAAGCUAGUUCAACACACAUCCCAGGCUAUUCUAAGCAAUUCCCCUCUUUGCCGAUCCAAAAGCCUUAAACGACGAAGAAGUAGCGCACCCUGGGCAUCCGAGCAUAGAAUUUUCCAUUGCCUCAGCAGUCCUCCUACCAGGUCCAUGAUGCAGUGAAUACUUCACCAUUUUCGUCCCUGAAAAACAAAAUCAUUGCGCAAAAGCCAUAAGCCCCACGAGGUAGCAGAUGUGACCAGAUUAACGGCCUCUGUUUUCUUUCUUUGUUUCCAUAAAACAGACAAGGAUAGGAAAGAUGUAGGUAAGGUGAUACACAACCCUUCAAAAAUUAUUUUCCAGAUCUGGACAGCUACCACAUAUUCAAAAAAUAAGUGUUUAAUCGAUUCUUUCUCACUGCAGAACACACAAGUAGGGUCUUCCACAGGUCUCCUCUUAGCUAGGUUAUCUCUGGUUAAGCAUUUAUUAUAGUAAGCUAGCCAGAGAAAGACAUGAAUAUUGGGUGGAACCUUGAUUUUCCAAAUAACAUCUUUAAUAUUAGAAGAUAUGCCUCCAAAGUCAAUCAUUUUAUAAAAAGAUUUCACUGUGUAAAUCCCAGAUGGUUCAAGAUUCCAUCUAGGAAUGUCUAGGGUAGCACAUGGUGUAAAUUUACUAACUACAUCACAUAGAUCCAACUACUUGAUCAUGGUGAGACCAUCCACACAUCUUCUAAAAGUUAGUUGUAGAGUAUUACCAUCCCACACCUGGGCAAUGGUGGCAUCUUGUUGUUGACAGAUGUCAAAAAGCUCCCCAAAUUUGGUUUUUAGGGAACAUUCCCCAAUCCAGGUAUCAUGCCAGAAGGCAAUGCUCUCACCAUUCCCAGGUACCCAGCUAACAAAAGUUCUAGCAGCUUCUAGAGACCAGGUUAAGCUUUUCCAAAAAGGAGAACCCAAUCCAGGUUUGCCCCAAUAGAUAUUGGGCUUAUGAGUGGCAUAUUUGAAGCUAAUGAUUUUUUUCCAGUCACUAUCUCUCCCAUCAUGAAACCUUCUCCCCAAUGAGGCCAGAAGGGCCAUGUUGUAUUCUCUGAGAUUUGGGACCCCCACUCCCCCAAAUUCCUUUCUCUUAGCAAUUAAGCCCCAAUUGGCAAGGUGAUAUUUAUGAGUAUCCCCCAUG